AUCUUUUGGUUCAUGCAAGAUACUAUCAACAAGGAAUCUCGCAGAUGGCAUACUUAGUGAUGGACCCUAACAGAAUGUCAGAAGAAGAUACACACUGUUUGAGGGCCUUCCUGAGACUCCCGGGCAACAUAGAUCUGCAGGAAACAACUUUGGCAAACCAAGAAACAAGACUCAUGUCUGAAUCAUGCAGAAGGAUGAAACAAGCUUUCCAGGGAGCAAUGCAAAAGGAAGUCCAACGAAUCAUUAUUGAGAAGGACGAGUCAAGAUCAGAGAAAUCACUAACAGGAACAGCUUGGUUGGACUUGCCUAAGAAAAACAAACCUGACAAACCUCCAUUUGCCCAUCUCAUCAUUGAUGGCAAUAAAAUUCCAGCUGGAACUGGCAAAGUGAAUCUCACAUCCUGGCAUCAUGACAAAGGCUGGGCAAACAUACUGAACAUGACCUUCAGUGAUGGAAGAUUAAUAGCCAACCAUGAUGGCUUUUAUUACCUGUACGCCAGUGUAUGCUUUAGGCACCAUGAGACACUGGGGAACCUAACUGGACAAAUUCUUCAAUUGAUGGUUUAUGUGACAAAAACUGAUGUUAAAAGGAGAAAUUCUGUAGUCCUGAUGAAGGGAGGAAGUACAAAGAAUUGGUCGGGAGACUCAGAGUUUCACUUUUAUUCUGUCAAUGUGGGAGGUUUUUUCAAAUUGAAAUCUGGUGAAAUAGUAGGUGUACAGGUAUCACACCCAUCAUUACUGGAUCGCUCCCCAGAAGGAACUUACUUUGGAGCUUUUAAAAUACGGGAUAUUGAUUGAUCCUAGCUAGAGACUUCCUGAAAGGGGAAAUAUAAUAUUUAUCAAACUGGGUCAGAUAUGAUUUUUACAGCUUAUGAUGCCCAGUUGUACAGAAAUCAGAAUUUAUCCUAGGCAGCCUUUUCCACAACUCAGUUUCAGCUCUACUAAUUAUAUUAGCAUUGUUUUGUUCCAGUGCUUAAUUCCAGUACUUAAUGCUGACUCUUUUGAGUGAUCUGGGUUGUGGAUUAGACUAGCAUAGGGUGGCAUCCAGUUCAGAAUAGUAUCCAAACUAUUGGCUCUGAAAACAAAUAAAAAUGCAAACACAGUUUGUGUUGUGCUGCAGAGAAAAAGGUUUGUGUCCAGGCUAAGUUAGUCAUAUAUCCAUUUGGAAUGAAUGUGAAAAGUUAAUUUCCAUUAGUUUCAAUUAAGUGUAUGUAACUUGCAGAGGAAUCCUGAACAUGUCUACUCAAGCGUGAAGUCUCAUUGUUAUUGUACUCAUAGAGACUUCCUGCCAGGUAACUGUGUAGAGGAUUGCAUCCUGAGGGUACAGUCCUUGGCACUGUCAAUAGAGAGCAAGUCCUGUUGUUCUGUGUAGAACUUAAAUUCUGAGUAGAUAUGCUCAAGCUUGCACUUUAGUCUAGAUUCAGCCUACAUUCUAUUACUGCAUUUUUACAACAACAAUUCUCUGGUUUUGAUUGAAGACGUACAUUUGUGUAUUUUACAUUUUGUGUUAUAUGUUACUCUGUAACAUAAUCUGUGCACUGAUAGCACUGUUUUAAUAAGUGUUCUGGCAAUCAGAUGAUUUGGAAACAUUUUCUUUAGCCCAAGCAUAAACAUUUCUAUAGACUAAAUUCAGGGGGCAUGUUGGAAUCUCUGAUAAACAAUGGAAUUGUCACUUUUCUUUUAUGUUUUCCAGAUGAAGGAAAGGUUUAUAUUUCCUGCUUUUCUGCAGGCAGAAUUGCAUCUUGUGUGUGUUGUAUGUUAUACCUAUGUGCCUUCUGUAGUUUUCAUCAUUCCUCUCCCCUAGGCCUAGUCGAGGGCUAUGAAGGAUCAAAAGAUCCCAUGUUGAACAAUUUUCUGGUACUGAAUUUCUCCAGACUUGUUCAUCUUCACAUGCUAUCUUACUGACUACAAAAAGAAGGUGCUCUUCCUGUUACGAUGUAAAUCCAACCUUU